AACAACAAACGGUUGACUUCGGCAACGAAGUGACCAUUGAGAAAAGAUUAGGAGGCUAAAGCAAAACCCUAAGUAGGUGAAGGUACCCGAACAUUCAUAUACCAUCCCAUCCCAUCCCUAAUCCAUCGUUCUAGAUCCUUCCUUACAUACAACACCACAUUUUCAUUUCAUUUUUUUUCCCUCUUUCAUUAUAGAUUCUAGACCUUUCCACACUCUCCCCAUUUAGUUAAUAUAUAACAAUAUAAUAACAACCAUUGUCCAAAGGCUCAGCACAAUAGAGUUUCACUUCCUUUGUGAUUUGUUCUGUGUGAUUCGGAAUGGCUCGUUACGGCGAGGGCGAUAAACGCUGGAUCGUUGAAGAGAGACCUGACGGCACUAACGUCCACAAUUGGCACUGGGCUGAGACUAACUGUCUAGAAUGGUCUAGAACCUUCUUCACCAACCUUCUCUCCAACCUCUCCAUCCUCCAAGGCGAAGGUAACCUUUUCAUCAAAACCACGUCGCUUCGCAACGUCGACGGCGAAGCCUACGUCAACGUCCGGAAGGGAAAAAUCAUCCCCGGCUACGAGAUCAACCUCACCCUCGCUUGGCAAGGCGAGGCCAAAGACUCCAACGGUAAUUCUCUCCUCAAGGUCGAUGGCACCGUCGAAAUCCCCUAUAUCUCCGACGAAAACGCCGAUGAGGACCCCGAAGUUAGGGUCACCGUCAACGACGAAGGUCCCGUUGGAAAGACAAUCAAGGAUGCAAUGAUUUCGAAGGGAAAGCCCUUGAUCUUGGACAAGGUUAGGGUUUGGGUGCAGAGCAUGGCCAAAGGUGGUCCCGUUAAGGACGAAUUGGACACCAAGAAGCCUACUCUGGUGCAGGCUCCAGCGCAGCAGAAUCAUGUGCCGACGACAUCCCCGGCGACGGUUGCUCCUGCGGCUCCGUUGAAAAAGGAGAACAAGAAGGGAGGGAAGAGUAUUAGCAUGACGGAGAGGUUUAAUUGCAGGGCGAAGGAUUUGUAUGAGAUAUUGUUGGAUGAGAAUAGGUGGAAAGGUUUCACGCAGAGCAAUGCGAGGAUUAGUAAAGAGGUUGGUGGUGACUUCAGCAUUUUCGAUGGAUCGGUUACUGGAACUAAUUUGGAGUUGCAAGAAGCUAAGUUAAUUGUGCAGAGAUGGAGAUUUGGGAGCUGGAACGAUGGGGUUCAGUCUACGGUGCGGCUUGUGUUUGAGGAGCCUGAAUCGGGUGUUACCGUUGUUAAGCUGACGCAUUCUGAUGUGCCUGAAGAAGAUAGGUAUGGGAAUGCUACUGUGGUGGAGAACACGGAGAGGGGAUGGAGGGACCUCAUUUUCCAAAGGAUACGUGCAGUUUUUGGUUUUGGAAUUUGAGAUUUUCACUUAUUGUUUCUGGCAUUGUAGAAUUUGAGGAUUUUGAUAUUGAUCUGUAAGGGAAUGUUGAGAUUAAUGGAUUGAUAUUGGAUACUGUGAACUGCAAUGCUUCUUGCUUUUGUCAGUUGUGCAAUAUAGUGUGUCGCCGUGUCUGGUUUGAAUGUUAGUUGUAGUUGGUAUCUUUUAUUGUUCCUGUUGUCAUACAAUGAAUCAGUUGAAAUUUUAUAGUCACUUUGAUUUAAACUGCCCAUCACCCUGUGCAAAUUAGAAAGGAUUAUUUGACUAUGGGUAUUAAAUUUCUCCAACUAUUUGUUUAAAAUUUCUAGUCAUAUAACUUGUUCAUAAAAUCUUAAUGAAGAUUCAUGAGGUAUCGUUGUUUGAGACAAAGGGAAUGUUAACAUGUUUGCGACUUUGCUACCUUCCAUGAACUUGGAAAUGAAGUGCAAUCGUUUGAACACUGCUGGAAAUGAUUAUCUGGAUCAUUUUAAGAUUAGGAUGUAGUGCUGUUUUAAGGUGGAUUAUUGAAA